CUUGAACAGUCGAUCUAUUUUAGGAAAUUCUUUCUAAACAUUGAUCUUGGACGCUAGUGAUUAACAUAAUGAUUCAAAAGAGGGUCCACAGCAUUUUUAACACUUUCUUAUAAUCUGAAAGAUGUACUCAAGACGGAUACGUGCUUAGAUAUGAAGAGGAUUAACAUUUGACACAGGGACAAAACCAUGACAAAUUUUGGAAGUGAGACUUGGUUUGGAAAAUCAUCAGAGGAUGUUCCGUUACUGAGCCUGGAUGAGUUCAGCGAUGAGGUGUUUGCUAGCUACACUGGUCCUGAGGAUGGACUCGGAUUUGUCUUCAGAGACACUAGCAGCAACAGGGUACCAUCUAAUACAUACAUAGAGGCAGCAGGUGUGAAGAACUGGAAUAUAAAGGACCAGAGAGCUUAUGGGAUUUGCAUGUCCCUCUAUGAGCAACAUCCGGUCAACGGCAAGAUGUCAGGGGAUCCUAUUGCUGAUGCUUUUGCAUUGUGUGCAAGGAAAAAUAACUGUUUAUUGCUGAUAGCGGAUGGUGUAAACUGGGGGGAGAAGUCUCGACUGGCAGCUAGGUGUGCCCUGUAUGGGGCCAUGAAGUACGUCAACCGGAAACUCUUCCAGGAUCGCCAACAGCCACAAAACACACAGGAGGCUCUUGUGCUUUUAAGACAGGCUUUUGAUGCAGCCCAUGCCACCAUUUUAGAAAGGGAAGGGGGCCUAACAACCAUGUGUGCCUGCAUGGUCUGUCCAGUGAAAAAUUCCCAGCAGUUUGCCAUCUGCUGUGUAAAUGUAGGGGACAGUUACUGUUACAUAUUCAGCCAUCGCUUUGGUAUCAGGGAGUUGACAAUCGGUUCACACGAUAUUACCUCAGAGCGGGAUAUUCGAGACGCAGGUGGUGCAAUAGGACCAGUGUGUGGUAACGAUCCGGAGCUCCAGAAUCUAACAUGCUCGCUGUCUUUCUGUGAACCAGGUGAUAUUGUGUUUCUGACUACAGAUGGCAUAUCAGAUAAUUUCGACCCUGUUGUCACCAAAUCUGCGCUGCCGAAAAAGAUCAAUGAUGCAAACAGCAAUGAGCUUUCUCCGAGUUCCGAGAAUUCAGGAAAACCUGAAAUGGAGCCCAGUGAGAGACAUUUGUAUGCUAUGAAACAAAUGGAGAGGGUGGUCUAUGAGUUUGAACUGGUUACAGAGGAGCAGUGUUCUGCCCAGGAACUGUGUGGGGCCCUAGUCCAGCAUGUUCUCUCUCUGACAGACGCCAAGAGAAAAAUACUAGAAAAUCCUCAGCUGUACGUCAGAAGAAAACUGACCAUGAAGGAAAAAGAGAAACGAGACUCUGACAUUGUAAAUCAAAUGGCUAAAGCACCUGGCAAAUUGGAUCAUGCCUCUAUAGUGGCUUUUGAAGUGGGAGUCAUGAAAAGAGAUGAAGAGGAAAUGGAGAAUAUCCCCCUCAUUGAAACUGUGCAAGAACUGGAUUCAGUUUCCGAGUCGGAUGAGUGCCCCUCAACCUCGGUAACACUUUCUCCUACCCCAAAGAAAAAGUCAUCACGUCCAAGAAAACUGUUUGCAAGGAUCAAAAAUCUGAGUGUAAAUACUACUAACGGCCAUACCUCCUCUAGUCUCGUCACCAGUCCCAAAAGUGCUUCUGUCUCCCCUAAAAAAUUCUCAUUCAAAAGGCCACGGUCAAGAACUGCGGAGGCCAUGUCUCCUGGGAGUCCAGAACCUGUCUCUCCCCCAGAAAUCCCCUCACCCUCAUUAGUCAGUCCAUCCAAUCCAUUUCCUGUUCCAGCACCACGUAGGAAACACCGCCAGAGUUCUCAUGAGUCUUCUGUAUGAUUAUGAUCCUAUCAUUGAAUUAUUGCCCCUAAUCUGUCGCUAUUACUUAAACACUUAAAAAAUAUUUUUCUUAAUGUAUGACCUAUAUUAAAACAAAUGGUUGUAUGAAGGUUUUAUUUGAUAUUUGAUCAUUUUUUAAAAUUUGUCGUUUUUUAGAACAUUAAGAAGAUUUUUUAAAAUAUACAUCGUCAUGUAUGUAUAAACAUUGAAACUUUUAAUUGACUUACAUCCAUAGUCACCAGGUAUUUGAUAUUAAUGCUUUUUAAGUUGCAGGGGCAUUUAUUUCCAGUAAUGGGGAAAUCAUCACAUCAGGGCUGCUCAAUUAUGCUAUGAGGGGAUUCAAAUUAUUUAAUGUGUAGUAAUUUAUUUUAUAGCAUUAUUAAUCAAUUACUUAGACCAAUAACAAGGAAUGUAUUGCUUCUCAGGCACUGCCCUAUUGGGUCAAUUUCAAAUGCUGUCGAAAAAAAGUUGAUUUUAUUUCCUUAUUCAAAAGGGGAAUAACUCAAUUUUGAAUUUUUAAUAGGAUAUGAAAAUUGAGCUAUUCCUCCAAUGCAAAUCUUACAUGUACAAUGUAAAUUAAAUACCCACAUGUUGUUUUAUUUUGUGAAAUUUUUAGCCUGAGAAGCAAAACAAUAAUGUUUUUGGGCCCAACAUACUGCAGGGUGAAAUAUUUUACAUUUACAUGUACUUACAUUGGUGUAUAUUGCAUGCAUUAUUUUUAACAGUAUUCAGCAGCAUGGUUGUGUGCAUUGUAUGGAUAUUUUUGUACUCGCUUCUGUUGUCCAUGGUAGUCAUUAACAACUUUGCAAAACAUGUAAUCAUGUAUGAAAACAAGUCAAUGUAACAAUCAUUUUUGUGUAGCAAAAGUUCUAGAAGUGUUCAAAAUUCAGUACUUAUCACUGCCUCACUGCCAGAACACUUUGUGAUGUGUCUUCAACCAGUUAUGAAUAUUUGUUUUAAAAGGGGGCAUGAUCUUGAUUUGAAGUAUAAAUUUUCAAAUUGUCCC